AUUGAAGAUGGGGGCAAGGCAGACUUGUCCCAGAAGAUGAGGACUGGUGAUGAGCUAGUGAAUAUAAAUGGCACUCCAUUGUAUGGCUCCCGCCAAGAAGCUCUUAUCCUCAUCAAAGGCUCCUUCCGAAUCCUCAAGCUGAUUGUCCGGAGGAGAAACACCCCUGUCAGUAGGCCACACUCAUGGCAUGUGGCCAAGCUGCUGGAGGGAUGCCCUGAAACGGCCACCACCAUGCAUUUUCCUUCUGAAGACUUCAGCUUGUCCUGGCAUUCCGGGUGCAACUCAAGUGACGUGUGUGUGCAGUGGUGUCCACUCUCUCGGCACUGCAGCACUGAGAAAAGCAGCUCCAUUGGCAGCAUGGAGAGCUUGGAGCAACCAGGCCAAGCCACCUAUGAGGGCCACCUCUUGCCCAUUGACCAGAACAUAUAUCCCAACCAGCGUGACUCAGCCUACAGUUCCUUUUCAGCCAGCUCAAAUGCCUCUGAUACCCUCAGGCCAGAGGAGCCAGCCUCUGCAGACUGUAUCACACAAGGCCCAGGGCCAACUAAGGCCCCCAGUGGCCGACCUAAAGUGGCUGAGACUUCAGGAAGUAGCCGACAUACUAAUGGGGGCCACCUGACUCCCAGCUCCCAGAUGUCAUGCUGCCCACAGGAGAGCUCCCACCCAGGGCCUGUGAAGGCAGUCAGGGGCCCACCACAACCUCCAGUGAGACGGGACAGCCUUCAAGCCUCCAGAGCCCAACUCCUCAAUGGAGAAGAAUACAAGGUUUCUGAGCCUGUGGAUUCCUUGCAACAGGAGGAGAAACUGAGCUUAGAGACAGCACUAUCCCCAAGGAACCCUAACAGGUUCUGCUGCCUCAGCAGGCAAGACCAAACAACAAGUGAUGAUCAUCAGAACCAUGAACUCAGUCAGUCUCUUGAGUCCAGCCAGCAGGACUCUGGGCAUCUACUAAUGGAGGUCUCAGCCAAAGCAAUUAGAUGCCCAAAAGCUUGUGACAGAGCUUCCAGAAUGGAUUCCAGUCCACUCAAUGAGGCUUCAGCAGAUCUAGCUAAGGCUAUGUUUGGAAGCCAUCCACACCUCAUAGGACAAACAGGGCACCGCCAUAGUGCCCCUGAACAAUUGCUGGUAUCCCACCUGCAGCAUGUACAUCUUGAUACCAGGGGGAACAAGGGAAUGGAGUGCCCAUCUGGGCAGGAUGGGCACCAGUGGACUCUGUCCCCUUUGCACAGCAGCCACAAAGGAAAGAAAAAUCCAUGUCCUGCUACAUGUGGAAUUCAGGACCAGACCAGCAGAGAAAGGAAGACCAGGCUAGUGGAUGAUAGGCCUUUAAAUUCAGAACACCAGAACCAGAGCAGUUCCACACAUGGAGAGACAGAUGGGUACCUUCCAGAAAGAGGUUUUCUUGACCCAAGCAGAACACUCAGUGAAUUGGCCAGCCACCAGCCUGCUGCCCCUGGCUCCCUCAUUCAACAAACAAGGGAGUGUUCUUCAACCACUAUAGUAGCCAGUGGCACAGAAGUGACUGACGAAGGGGACAGUGAGUCCAAGGAAUGUGGCCGGAUGGGUGGUAGGCGAAGUGGAGGGUCUCGGGGCCGCUCUAUCCAAAACCGGCGGAAGAGUGAACGUUUUGCUACAAAUCUGCGUAAUGAAAUUCAAAGGAGAAAGGCCCAGCUCCAGAAAAGCAAGGGUCCUUUGUCACAACUGUGUGACACUAAGGAGCCAGUAGAAGAGACACAGGAGCUCCCAGAAAGUCCUCCACUCCCCACCUCUAACACAUCUCCUCUCUCUUCUUAUAAAAAUCCUCCUAACCCCAGAGGCAAGCUCUUCAACAAAAGCAUGAUAUUCAGGGCUAGGUCUUCAGAGUGCCUCAGCCAAUUCUCUGAGAGCCAUGAGUCUAGAUCAGGCUUGGAAGGACAAAUAAACCCCGGUCAGAAGCCUUGUCAGUCCUCCUUGCGGCUGAACACUUGGUGGAAAGGAUCUGACCAAUCCUCCUCAGACACUGACAAAGCAAAUGCUCACUGUGGAGUCCAUGGAGGUCACUGGAGAUGGUCUCCAGAGCAUAACCUGCAGCCACAUAUGGCACUAGCCAUGGAAGGCUCUUCCAGCCCAGGUGGCAACAAGGAGUUGAAGGCUUCUACUGCCCAAGCUGGGGAGGAGGCUAUCCUCUUGCCCUUUGCAGACAGAAGAAAGUUCUUUGAAGAGAGUAGCAAAUCCUUAUCUACAUCUCAUUUACCAGGUUUAGUCACUCAUAGCAACAAGACUUUUACUCAGAGACCAAAACCUACAGACCAAAACUUCCAGCCAAUGAGCUCUAGCUACAGGGAAUUGAGGUGCCAUCCCAUGGACCAAUAUCAUCCUACAGACCAACCAUAUCAUGCCACAGACCAAUCAUAUCAUUCGAUGUCAUCUCUUCAGUCAGAAACUCCCCCUUACUCAGAAUGCUUGGCAAGCAAGAGUCUAGAAAAUUCCAUGUAUUGUAAGCCACUGCACUGUGGUGAUUUUGAUUGCCGCAGGACCUGCUCUUACUCCUGCAGUGUUCAGGGAGCUAGAGUCCAUGACUCUUGCAUCUACUGUUCUGGGGAAAUCUGCCCUGCCUUGCUGAAGAGAAAUAUGAUGCCAAGCUGCUACAACUGCCGGUGUCACCACCACCAGUGCAUCCACUGUUCUGCUUGCUAUCAUAGUCCUCAGCACAGUACCCAUGAGGAGAGCAGCUUGGUACCUGGCAAUACUUGGAAACCCAGGAAGUCAACAGUACAGGAGUUUCCUGGGGACAAAUGGAAACCAGUAACAGGAAACAGGAAGACCAGUCAGUCAGGGAGGGAAAUGGCCCAUUCCAAGGCUAACUUUAAAUGGGCAGAACCCUUCCAUCCUUGUCUUGAGAACCCAGCACAGAACUUGUCAGGCUACCGUGCAAUUUCUUCUCUUGACCUCCUUGGAGACUUCAAACAUGUCUUGAAAGAAACAGAGGAAACUUCAGUUUAUGAGGAGGGGAGCUCCCUUGCCUCCAUGUGUCACCCACUGCGCAGCCGCGCCUUCUCAGAGAGUCACAUCAGCUUGGAACCCCAGAGUACCCAGGGCUGGAGGCAGCAUCGGAGGGAGCUUAUUGCCAAAGUUGACGAGACCCAGCCAGAUCCUCUCAGAGCCAAGAAGAAGUCUUUUCCUCCUCCUCGUCCUCCUCCUCCUAACUGGGAGAAGUACAGGCUCUUCCGUGCAGCCCAGCAGCAGAAACAGCAGCAGCAGCAGCAGCAACAACAGCAACAGCAACAGCAAGAGGAAGAAGAGGAGGAAGAGGAAGAAGAAGAGGAGGAGGGAGAAGAGGAGGAGGAGCUUCCACCUCAGUACUUCAGUUCAGAAACCACUGGUUCCUGUGCUCUCAAUUCUGAGGAUGUUCUGGAGAAGUCACAACCCCCAAGCCUUGGCCACCUGGAGGCCUCAAGGCAGGGUUCACAAAGCCUCCCAGCGGGACAGGAGUCCUUUGCUCUGCAUUCCAGCGAUUUCUCUCCUCCAGUAAGGGGCCACUUGGGAUCUCAACCUGAGCAGUCUCAGCCCCUUUGCUAUCAUGGCAUUGGUGGGGUUUGGAGGAUGUCAGAGCAGGAGACCACUGAUUCCCCCAAACAAGAGUUUCUGCAUUUCUCACCUCCUCCGGAGGUCCCAGGGAUUCCUACCUCUUACUCAGCUUAUUACAAUAUUUCUGUGGCCAAGGCAGAGCUGCUGAACAAAUUGAAAAAUCAACCUGAGAUGGCAGAGAUUGGCCUGGGAGAGGAGGAUGUUGACCAUGAACUGGCUCAAAAAAAGAUGCAGCUUAUUGAAAGUAUUGGAAGAAAGCUUACUGUCCUGCGGGAGGCCCAGCGAGGGCUGCAAGAGGACAUCAAUGCCAAUUCUGCCCUUGGGGAAGAGGUGGAGGCCAACUUAAAAGCCAUGUGCAAAUCCAAUGAGUUUGAAAAAUAUCGCUUGUUUAUUGGGGACCUGGAUAAAGUGGUCAACCUGUUGCUGUCACUCUCUGGACGAUUGGCCCGGGUGGAGAAUGCUCUCAACAGCAUUGAUUCAGAAGCCAACCAGGAAAAGUUGGUGUUGAUAGAGAAGAAGCAGCAGCUGACGGGACAAUUAGCCGAUGCCAAGGAGCUGAAGGAACAUGUGGACCGCAGGGAGAAGUUGGUGUUUGGCAUGGUCUCCCGUUACCUGCCGCAGGACCAGCUCCAAGAUUACCAGCACUUUGUCAAGAUGAAAUCUGCUCUUAUCAUUGAACAGCGAGAGCUGGAGGAGAAGAUCAAGCUUGGGGAAGAACAGCUCAAAUGUCUUAGGGAGAGCCUACUCCUAGGCCCCAGCAAUUUCUAAUUCUAUCAGCAGUCUGCCAUAGCAUAACUGCCCAGCCACAGUGGGAAGUACUUUCAAACUUCAUUAGCAUGUACAUAGCAAUGUUAGCAAUGUGCCCCUUCCUUAGCAGUGGUUUCUACCAGCUAGGAUAUCUUCAGAAGGCCCCAAGCAUCUACACUAGGGAACUGCAGCAAGGCGCAAUCACACAUCCAUUCUCCUUCCCACAGUUUGCAUGGGCAAGCACUCACUGCACACAGAACCCCCAAAGCGCCUUCAUUCUUCUUUGUACUAGGAUACCAAAGACAUCAUAUCUUCACCACCUACCCACACCAUAGCCACUAAGACUCAGAAAGAAGCUGCUUGUGCAGCUCUACUGUGCCCCAAGGCUCAUGGUCCAGUCAUUUCCCACAGAGAUGGCUGCCUUGAGAGUCUCUACCUACCACCAAUUAGGACCUCACCUAAACUUUGCAGUGGGCAGUGCAGAAGGAGGAAUUGCACUUAAGAAAGCAAAGGUUGGGUAUCCCCAAUUGCUCCUCAGGAAGGAGCCAGGUUUAAACAAACUGGCUUCACCCUACAUUCCCAGCAGCUAGUUGUGGGCAGAGAGGCCUUCUCUCAUCCCUGUCUAGUGUAGCCUUCCUCAUGUCCUAAGACUUUGGGCCUACCAACUCCUAUUUCACCUAGCCCUUUCCAUACUGGGGAUUAUAAGUACACUAUGGGCCAUUAAUAGCUCUACUAAAACAGGAUUUUGCUGGAAGGAGGGGAUUCUUAUUGUUAUAUUUUAAAUGGCCUUUUGAUUUUAUUUAUUUUUAUGUUUUGAUUUUUUAAAUUCUUUUUUAAACUAAUAAGGUGGGAAGAGGGAGGCUGUA